AUGGCGACGACCCGAUUUAGAUCCAGUUUCUUUGUCUUGAUCAUCGUAGCUUGUUUGUGCUUUUCCGGCUUGGGUCCGGCACGGGGGCAGAGUCGCCGGCCGAAGAACGUGCAAGUUGCUGUUCGAGCAAAGUGGGAAGGCACUCCAGUCUUACUGGAAGCCGGAGAGUUACUGUCCAAGGAGUGGAAGGAUCUAUACUGGGAAUUCAUUGACGUUUGGGACAAGAUAGAGAAAGAUGAACCUGAUACUUAUUCAGCAAAAGACUGUCUCAAAAGGAUUGUAAAGCUAGGCAGUGUUCUUCUGAGUGAUCCAUUGGCCUCUUUAUUUGAGUUCUCUCUUACUCUGAGAUCAGCAUCGCCAAGAUUACAACUCUAUCGACAAUUAGCAGAGGAGUCUCUUGCUUCUUUCCCUCCGUCGGAUGAUGGGACAUCAGCUGAUGGUGGGACAGUUGUAGAGACAAGUGAACUUAAGAAGUCUGAUCCUUUGCUUGUUGGAAGAAACCCUAGCAGCCCUAGUGGGAAGUGUUGUUGGGUAGAUACUGGUGGAAGACUGUUCUUUGACGUUUCAGAGUUGCAAUUAUGGAUCCGCAGUAUCCCUGCUUCUGCAGGAGACUCUUUUCAGCAACCAGAACUAUUUGACUUCGAUCAUAUUCAUUUCAACUCACGUGCUGGAAGUCAUGUUGCUAUAUUAUAUGGAGCUAUUGGGACAGACUGUUUUAAGGAGUUCCACACUGCCCUGGUUAUAGCUGCCAAAGAGGGGCAGGUAAAGUAUGUUGUUAGACCUGUUCUACCCUCUGGCUGUGAGUCAGAAGUUCACCAUUGUGUUGCUGUUGGAGCUAGAGAAUCCUUGAAUUUAGGAGGCUAUGGAGUAGAACUUGCCCUCAAGAACAUGGAAUAUAAGGCUAUGGAUGAUAGUACAAUUAAAAAGGGUGUUACUUUGGAAGAUCCUAGGACUGAGGAUCUUAGCCAGGAAGUCAGAGGGUUCAUUUUCUCAAAGUUAUUAGAGCGAAAACCUGAGCUUACGUCCGAGAUAAUGGCUUUCAGGGACUACCUAUUGUCUUCAACAAUAUCCGACACACUUGAUGUUUGGGAACUUAAGGAUUUAGGUCAUCAGACAGCACAAAGGAUAGUGCAAGCUUCUAAUCCCAUACAGGCCAUGCUGGAAAUCAACCAAAAUUUUCCUAGUGUUGUUUCUUCUCUGUCUCGGAUGAAGCUGAAUGAUUCUGUUAAAGAAGAAAUAACCACGAACCAGCGAAUGAUCCCUCCUGGGAAGUCCCUAAUGGCUCUCAAUGGUGCUAUACUUAAUGUCGAGGAUAUUGACCUUUACAUGUUGGUUGACUUGGUUCAGCAGGAGUUGCUAUUGGCUGAUCAGUUAUCCAAAUUGAAGGUUCCUCAAAGCACUAUACGAAGGCUUCUGUCAACAAUGUCUCCACAAGAGUCCAAUACAUUCCGGGUUGACUUCCGUUCUGCUAAUGUUCAUUUUCUCAAUAACUUGGAGGAGGAUGCGAUGUAUAAGCGGUGGCGGAGCAACUUAAAUGAGAUUUUGAUGCCUGUAUUUCCUGGACAACUGCGCUACAUACGCAAAAAUUUGUUCCAUGCAGUUUAUGCUAUCGACCCAGCAAGUAGAUGUGGUCUUGAGGCUGUUGACAUGAUUAUAUCAUUAUACGAGAACAAUGUUCCAGUGAGAUUUGGGUUGCUAUUGUACUCUUCAAACUUCUUGAAGAAAAUAGAACUGACUGGUGGUGAACUUCAUUCAUCUGCCACUGAAAGGACAGAAGAUAAAUCCAGUGUGAUUAUACGUCUCUUCUUAUAUAUAAAGGAAAACUAUGGAGUUCAGACGGCAUUCCAGUUUCUCAGCAAUGUAAAUAGGUUGCACUUGGAGUCGGAAGACAUUUCUGAAGCUCCUGAAAUGCACCAUGUCGAAGGAGCUUUUGUGGACACAUUAUUACCAAAGGCAAGAUCCCAUCCUCAAGAUAUGUUACUCAAAUUGUUGAAGGACCAAACGUACAAGGAGUCAUCACAUGAAAGCUCAAUGUCAGUUUUUAAGCUAGGGUUGUCCCAGAUGAAGUGCCCUCUCUUGAUGAACGGCCUUGUUGCUGAUUCUACUGAGGAGGCUCUUAUGAAUGCAAUGAACGAUGAACUUCCUAGAAUUCAAGAACAAGUAUAUUACGGUCACAUAACUUCUCGCACUGAUGUCUUGGACAAAUUCCUUUCAGAGGGCGGUAUCAGCCGAUAUAAUCCACAAAUCAUUGCUGAGGGAAAGGAAAAACCCAGAUUUACGUCUCUUAUGUCGGCAGUUCUUGGAGAAGAGUCUGUUAUUAAUGAUAUAAACUAUCUGCAUUCUCCCAACACUGUCGAUGAUUUGAAGCCUGUGACUCAGCUUCUUGUUGUUGACAUCACAACGAGGGCGGGGCUCAAGUUGCUUCAUGAAGGAAUUCGCUAUCUGAUGGAAGGAUCUAAAGUUUCUCGUUUGGGUGUUUUAUUUACUGCCAGCCAAGACGUUGAUUUAUCUAGUCUCCUUUUUGUGAGAGCUUUUGAAGUCACUGUUUCAUCAUACGGCCAUAAGAAAAAUGCAUUGACAUGUCUGGAUCAUAUAACUUCAUAUUAUGAGCAGAAGUAUGUCUUCCCAUCCUCUGGAGAAGUUGAAAGCCCACAAAUAUUCUUAGACAAAAUCUAUGAGCUUGUUGAUUCCAAUGGCUUGUCGCUGAAAGCCUACAAAUCUACGCUGCCUGAAUUAUCUAUUGAGGAUAUGAAAAUAUAUUUGAGCAAGGUGGCACAAUUUUUGUUCAGGCAACUUAGGAUUGAAUCUGGAGUGAAUGCCGUCAUUACAAAUGGAAGGGUGAUGAUCCCUAGUGAAGGUACCUUUAUCAGCCAUGAUCUUCAACUCCUGGAGUCUGUUGAGUAUAAGCAGCGUAUCAAACAUAUUGUGGAUAUUAUUGAAGAAGUGGAGUGGCAAGAAGCAGAUCCUGACUUACUAACAAGUAAAUUUGUAAGUGACGUUAUUAUGUGCGUAUCAUCUGCAAUGGCCACAAGGGAUCGAAGUUCUGAGAGUGCACGAUUCGAGAUUCUUAGUGAUAAAUACAGUGCUGUCAUUAUCGAAAAUGAACAUUCCAGUGUGCACAUAGAUGCUGUAAUUGAUCCUUUAAGUCCCAUUGGUCAAAAGGUGGCUUCACUUCUUAAUGUUUUGAAGAAAUACAUCCAACCAAGCUUGAGAAUGGUUUUAAACCCUCUGAGUUCUCUAGUGGAUCUUCCCUUGAAGAAUUACUACAGAUAUGUUGUGCCAACAAUGGAUGACUUCAGCUGUACUGACUACACUGUACCUGGUCCAAAGGCAUUUUUUGCAAACAUGCCACUAUCCAAAACUCUCACCUUGAAUCUGGACGUUCCUGAGCCGUGGCUUGUUGAGCCUGUUAUUGCUGUUCAUGAUAUGGACAACAUUUUGCUUGAGAACCUGGGUGAUACAAGGACAAUGCAAGCAGUUUUUGAACUUGAAGCAGUUGUUCUUACUGGUCAUUGUUCUGAGAAAGAUCAUGAGCCGCCGAGGGGCCUUCAGCUGAUUCUCGGAACCAAGAGCAUGCCUCAUUUGGUUGACACAAUUGUGAUGGCCAAUUUGGGCUACUGGCAAAUGAAAGCUUCCCCUGGUGUAUGGUACCUGCAACUUGCUCCUGGCAGAAGUUCCGAGCUUUAUGCCCUAAAGGAAGGUGGUGUUGGAAACGAAAACAAGCAUUUCUCAAAACGCAUUACCUUAGAUGAUUUUAGAGGUAAAGUGGUUCAUCUGGAAGUAAUGAAGAGGAAGGGCAUGGAACAUGAGAAACUGCUUCUUUCUAGUGAUGAUGAUAGCCAAUCACGUGGACGGGAGAAAGGAUCCCGUGAUGGCUGGAAUGCUAAUUUCUUGAAAUGGGCCACUGGCUUCAUUGGUGGCAAUGGAAAAUCUAAAAAGGGUGGAAACACUGCAGUGGCUAAAAAAGGAAAGGGUGGACGACAUGGAAGAACAAUCAAUAUUUUCUCUAUCGCCUCUGGACACCUAUACGAACGGUUCUUGAGAAUUAUGAUUCUGAGUGUCUUGAAGAACACUCAACGUCCAGUGAAGUUUUGGUUUAUAAAGAACUACCUUUCUCCUCAAUUUAAGGAUGUUAUUCCACACAUGGCUGAAGAAUAUGGUUUCGAAUAUGAGCUGGUUACCUAUAAAUGGCCCACAUGGCUACAUAAGCAGAAAGAAAAACAACGAAUCAUCUGGGCAUAUAAGAUUUUGUUCCUUGAUGUUAUCUUCCCUAUUUCCUUGGAAAAGGUUAUAUUUGUAGAUGCAGAUCAGAUUGUGAGAGCUGACAUGGGAGAACUUUAUGAUAUGGACAUAAAAGGAAGGCCUCUAGCAUAUACACCUUUUUGCGACAACAACAAGGACAUGGAUGGAUAUAGAUUCUGGAGCCAGGGGUUUUGGAAAGAGCAUUUACGGGGAAGAGCAUACCAUAUCAGUGCUCUGUACGUCGUUGAUCUUGUGAAAUUUAGAGAAACGGCUGCUGGUGAUAACCUGAGGGUUUUCUAUGAAACCCUUAGCAAAGAUCCUAACAGUUUGUCCAACCUAGAUCAGGAUCUUCCAAACUACGCUCAGCAUACCGUCCCAAUCUUUUCUUUACCCCAAGAGUGGCUAUGGUGUGAAUCAUGGUGUGGCAAUGCCACCAAAUCCAAGGCAAAGACUAUUGAUCUUUGCAAUAACCCGAUGACAAAGGAACCCAAGCUCCAGGGUGCAAGGAGAAUUGUUCCAGAGUGGGUGGAUCUUGACUCUGAAGCAAGAAGAUUCACCGCAAAAAUCUUGGGUGAAGAAUUGGAAUCCGAAGAGAAGGUUGUUGCAGCCCCUGUCCAACCCGAGCCACAGAGCUCUCAACCCGAUGUAGACCUGGAAUCCAAGGCAGAGUUGUGA